GUAUCUUAAAAUUCGAGUAUUAUUAAGUCAUAAAAAUGUUACAAAUACAAUUUCCUAGUAAAGUAAAAUGGCGUGCAAGUGCGUUAGUUAAUUGCCAAACCCUCAGACUUAAUUACCACCUUUCCCUGCCACUAUGACCACCUAUAAAACUCUCCCACGACAUGGCUACUCGACUAUUACUUUUGUUAUCGGUCACCAUGAAGCAUUGGAAACGACGCUCUUCCGCUGUUUUGACUAUCGUCCUGCAAGUGCUGAUACUCCUGCUUCCCGAUCCUGGAGUUGCCAUGACGAUGGACCAGUUUUUGACCUCGCUAGACAUGAUCCGUAGUGGCUGUGCGCCAAAGUUUAAGCUCAAAACAGAAGAUCUCGAUCGACUUCGCGUGGGUGACUUCAACUUUCCGCCAUCACAGGAUCUUAUGUGCUACACAAAGUGUGUGUCCUUGAUGGCGGGCACUGUGAAUAAAAAGGGGGAGUUCAACGCGGCCAAGGCCCUGGCCCAGCUUCCGCAUCUGGUACCCCCGGAAAUGAUGGAGAUGUCCAGGAAAUCCGUUGAAGCUUGCAGGGAUACGCAUAAACUAUUCAAGGAAUCGUGCGAGAGAGUCUACCAAACGGCCAAGUGCUUCUCUGAAAACGCCGAUGGGAAGUUCAUGUGGCCCUAAAAAAGUUUUUGGGUACUAAACUCAUUCGGGCUUAUUCAUAGAUGACCAGUUUUUAGAUAGUUUCUGGAAAAUGUAUGUCUGAAUCAUCAAAUUAAAUUGGGAAAUCCUUGAAAUCUUAACCUGAAUUAGUACAGGAAAGAAAGCUAGCUUCGGCAAGCCGAAGAUUAUAUACCCUUGCAGUAAUAUGUUGUUGAUUAAAUGAAAAACAAAACGUUGA